AUGCUCCCCACACCAGACACAUCCCACGUCCCCUACUCGCGCGUCUACGAACCCGCCGAAGACUCCUUCCUCCUCCUCGACACCCUCUCCUCCCCCUCCGAGACAAACUUCCUCCAAACCCAAUUCCCAUCACAAUCCCCCGCCCCCCUCAUCCUCGAGAUCGGCUCCGGCUCCGGCAUCGUCCUGGCCUUCAUCAACGCCCAUGCCUCCACGCUCUUCGGCCACCGCCAACUCCUCACCUGUGGCAUCGACAUGAACGCCCAUGCCUGCAGUUCCACCAUCCAGACCGUCCAAAAAGCCGCGGCCAGCAACCCCUCCACCCACGGGAUGUAUCUCGGCUCGUGUAUGGGUGAUCUCACGUCGGCCGUGAAGCCCAACCAGGUGGAUGUGCUGGUGUUUAAUCCGCCGUACGUGCCUACGCCGGAGAUGCCAGUCCGGCCGGCGGCGUUUGAGGAUGUCGGCGAGCCGAGCUGGGACGACGAGAGUUACCUGCUGGGUUUGUCGUAUGCGGGGGGCAGGGAUGGGAUGGAGACGACGGAGAGGUUGAUUGGGAUGCUGGAUGGGGUUUUGUCGGCGAGGGGGUGUGCGUAUUUGCUGCUUUGUAGGCAGAAUGGGCCGGAGGAGGUGGUUGGCAGGAUUGGCGGGUGGGAAGGGUGGAGGGUUGAGGUUGUUGGGAGUAGUGGGAGGACGGCGGGUUGGGAGAAGUUGUGUGUUUUGAGGAUAUGGAGGGUGUGA